CACAUUUUCACGCUUCACUUCUAACAUGAGGGAAGCCUUGAGCACGGUUGGAAUUUUGUGGAGGUUAAAAUGAAACAAAAGCUCAGUUGUUCAUUCUCUCUGACUCUAAAUCUAGCUGUGGAAGGUCUCGCAAAAGGUUUCAUCUCGAAUUUGAAAUGAUGCGGAGCUACUUUCAGCCCUGUUCAACGGUGACAACAUAAUGGCUUGUCGAAGCGCCUGUUGCUGCGGUUUUGGUCCGGUGAAUGAAGAUAACGCGAGGUUCCUUAUGCUGGCGCUGCUGAUAAUCCUCUACCUCUUGUGCGGUGCCGCUGUCUUUUCAGCACUUGAGCACCCCAAAGAGAAGCAAGCGAAGGAGAAGUGGGCGCAGAGGUUUGAACAUUUCAGUAACAAGUACAAUCUUAGCAGAGAUGAUUUAGAGAAGUUCCUCAGGUUCUACGAGGAGGCGAACGUCGCCGGCAUUCGCGUUGAUACCACCAGACCUCGCUGGGAUUUUACCGGUGCAUUCUACUUUGUGGGUACAGUGGUUUCGACUAUUGGGUUUGGCAUGACCACGCCCGCUACUAUCGGCGGGAAGAUUUUCCUGAUCUUCUACGGGCUCAUCGGCUGCGCCGCCACCAUCCUGUUCUUCAACCUCUUUCUGGAGCGCCUCAUCACCGUGCUGGCCUUCGUGCUGAAGUCCUGCUACGAGCUCCAGCGCAGGCGCAAGGGCGUGCUGCCCCACGACGGCCGCAGGGACCCUAACCCGGAGGGCGGGGAGGGCCUGGCGGGCUGGAAGCCCUCGGUGUACUACGUGAUGGUGAUCCUGUGCGGGGCGGCCGUCAUCGUCUCCUGCUGCGCCUCGGCCAUGUACUCGGCCGUGGAGGGCUGGAGCUACCUGGACUCGCUCUACUUCUGCUUCGUGGCCUUCAGCACCAUCGGCUUCGGCGACCUAGUGAGCAGCCAGCACCUGCGCUACGAGGACCAGGCCGCCUACCGGCUGGGCAACUUCCUCUUCAUCCUCAUGGGCGUGUGCUGCAUCUACUCGCUCUUCAACGUCAUCUCCAUCGUCAUCAAGCAGUUCCUCAACUGGACCCUGCAGAAGCUGGAGCUCCUGCUGCGCUGCCCCUGCUGCCCCGGGAAGGGCCUCCGUCCCCGCAGGAACACGGUGAUGCCGGGCCACGUCCGCGCCCGCCGCAACAUCUCCAUCGAGACCGACAUCGCCAACGAGAGCGACACGGACGGCCGCAGGAUGUCCGGGGAGAUGAUAUCCAUGAAGGACUUCCUGGCCGCCAAUAAGGUCUCCUUGGCCAUCAUGCAGAAGCAGCUGUCUGAGACUGCGAACGGUCACCCCAGGCAAUCGGGAUCCUGCUCCAGACAAAAUGGCUUCUCUGGGGGAAUUGGGGCUCUGGCCAUUAUGAAUAACAGACUGGUAGAGACCAGCGUGGACAGAUGAGUCCGUGCUUGAGACUGAACACUGCCCUGUAGAAAUGGCCAGAAUGGACAUAUUGAAUUGCUUUGUCCAUUUUAAUGGCAGGACUGUGCCAUGGACAAUGAAUUCACAUGGUAGAGAUAUUUGCCCUUCAUUUUUGUGUAUAGCAUUUAACUCUGUGACAUAGAUUUCUAGUUUUAUACAUUGAAAAUGGAGGAGGCUGGCAGAACAGGUCAGUGUAGUUAAGUUGCCACUGAUAUGAACUCUCUCCACCAGCACCUUCCAAUAGCACAUCCUGCUCAUUUAUAGUAGUUGCGGUGGGAAAAUUAGCACCUGUCAUGAUGAAAUCUGUCGACCCAGAUUGUUCCUAAAGGAAAUGUGUUGUUUUAAGUGCUAAAAGCAGACUGGAAUGUGAUGAAACACAACUGAUUUUAUGAGGUGCAUACUUAAUCAGAAUAUAGCUUUGAAUUUCCUCCACAUGAAAAGUUUUAAAUCCCUUGUUUACAAGCUUACAUUAGACGAAAGUGCAUCUUAUGGCAAUAAAAAACAUUUUGCAGUGAAAGUCUUAAACCAAAUUCAGUCUCUGAAGUCAACAUCUGCUGAUGUUUAUAAUGUUGAUGCUUAGAAUGGAUAGACAACUGUAUUAAAAGUGUCCCAGCAUUCAUUAUACUAUGCACUUCAUCUUGCCUCAUGAAGACAUCUCUUAGCUAAAGCAUGGAGCUGAUAUUCAGUUCUUUGCCAUUCUACAGUACCUGUCAAAGGGAAAGUUAAUUUGACUUGAACGACGGCUUCAUUUAUCAAGUGAUCAAAUGCAGUAAGUAAAAUAAACCUGACCAUUUGUGAUAAA